ACUCAUUCAAAAUCCAAUUCAAAAGCAGUUUUAAUGACAUUAAAACUGCUUCAAAUCCAAUUCAAAAUGAAUUCAAAAAUUCCGAAAUUUCAACUUUGGGUGUCAGUGUGUCAUACAUUAUUUGAGAAAAAAAGAGUCCUGUCCUUUCGUAGUUGCCACAUCACGGCUCUGGAGCUGCGGACUUUCGUCUGUUUCAGAGCAGAUCGCUGGCUGUGGGCGAUGUUUUUUCCUGCUUGUUUCCUACCUGCACCCGCUAGAGCGGCGUGGUUGCAGGUGUCCGUAGCAAGCCUGCGAGUCAUUUCUUGAACACAGCAGAAGACUGCGAACGCGCAUACGGCCCAGCCGCAACCUCCGAAGCGUUGUGGCCGAGUUAAAAACCCUGGCGGCAAGGGUGGUGGCCUUGUUGCUGGAGAAACUGCUAUUGAUGACGCGAACGAAACGCGUGCUCCUCUUCCUGACGUUGGGACCGAGAACAUGAUGGUUGGGAAUGACAAAACGCAAGAGCAGGUAAAUGAGUUAGAGUCUUUUGAUUCAAAAAUGAUGCAUAUAGAUAUACGACUAGACACAGGCGCAGGUAGAAAUAUUACUAGACCGAGAUGCAGCGCUACAGCUGCAUAUUGAUAGCCAGGCGCGGGCAUUUAUAUUUUUUUUCGCUUCUAGUUGUAUAUCGCAGCUUCAAUUUCUUUUCAAUUUGUAUUGCGAUUGCUGCCAUGCAUCGCUUCACUUCACGUGCGCGCAGUCUGGUGAUUCAGUCUCUUUGUUCUGUAUGGCGCAAGCUUGACUUGAUGUGUAUGUGUGUGCCUCUGGUCGAUUUCGGAAUCGGACGUCCUCUCGAAUACAAAAGCACUAAUACAGGUACUCGCACCGAGAAAAGCAGGCCACGACCCAUCGGUGUUGGAACGAACGCUAGGCGAUGAAAGGCACCGGCCUGCCGCCAGCGGGCCGGUGCCUUUUCUCAUCAGUUGGCCUCCGAGGCUGCUGGCGAAUUUAGGCUGGCCUCCCUUCCUGUUUCUGAAAAGUUGAGCGGUUGGCAGGAAGACGCAACUUCUGCAACAUGCACAGAUGGAAAGAUGGGGACUUCGGGCGAGCUCUUCACCCAUCGCGAAUUGCGCCUGGCUACUCGCCUUGAGCAACCUACUUUGACGCGUCAACCUCUUCAUUUUUUCGGUGAAGCAGAGCGCGCCAGUUUGGAUGGUUGAAGUGCAUCCUCCAGCAGCGAUAGCUCGAGCGAUUGUAGCUAGGAAGUGGUCGCGUGUCUCAUUGCUUUCCAAAUGGUUCAUCGGCACACAAAAACGACCAACACCCACCCACCCCAAUGCAAAGUCUGAAACUUUUGAAAUUGGUUUGAAUUGCGUCAAGAACGAAAUUAGCGCCCGUUUGCUUUUGAGUUAAGCGAGCAGAUUUUUAACCUCGUCCUCGUUCAAUGUUCUCGUUUCGACUCCUCUCAUUUCGACCCCCGUGCAAGAGUCUCCUCUCAUUUCGACUCCUCUGUUGAACAAAUAGGGUUGUAGUCUCGCGAGUUUCCCUCGUGAGUGUGCAGGUAUACUACAUGACUGCGCAGGGACGGGACAAGCGGUAGACCGGUGAUGGAUGGGCAGCCGUGGGUGCUGCCGGGCUCGACGACCACCUGCUCAGCUCCGAGCGUUGCCGUGGUGCUGGACAGUAGUCGCCGCGGUUUUAGUUGCAGAAGCUGCUGUUGUAGCUGCAGGAAGAGCACCGCGCAAAGCUAGUAGUUAGAAGUAGAAGCAAAAGCACCAAAAGCAAACAACAAAAGUAGUCUCAGG